CCAAUUCUCAAUCAGUACUCGAGUCGACUUUCGCCAGUUCAGACCUCCAAAGUAAAACCAAUAUCCUAAAAUGGCCAAGCUUGCUGUGAUCUUCGUUUUGUUCGCUCUGUUCGCCAUCGCCAUGAGCGCUCGCAUCGCGCGGGAGGAGCCCAAAGAAUCGAACCCUGCUCUGGACACCUUGAACAAGAUUGUUGAGGAUAUCCAGAAGGUCUUCAAGGAACACACCACUCCCGAGAAGAUUGAGGAGAUGAAGAACAAAUUUAACGAGCUGAGAACCACUUUCGUUGACUCAUUGAAGAGUGGCUCUGACGCGGUCAACAAGGAGAUCCAGAAGGCUUAGGCUUCUAAUAAAAUGUGAAUUUAAUAAAUAAAGAAAAAUAGUCCUGCAAAA